AUGUGCAAAGGAGUAGAGCAAGAAGCACCACCCCAACCCGCCGUCGAGCGGCGGCGGAGAAUCGACAAGACGACGGCUGCGGGCGGGGGAGGCGAGCCAGUGGCGUGCGAGCUCUGCGGUUCGAGGGCGUCGAUGUACUGCCAAGCCGACGAAGCGUAUCUGUGCGGAAAGUGCGACAAGUCGGUUCAUAGCGCUAAUUUCUUAGCGCAGCGGCACGUGCGGUGCCUUCUGUGCAGCACGUGCCAGAGCCAUACGCAGAGAUAUCUGUUGGGAGCUUCCAUGGAAAUGGAGAUCCUGCUUCCUAGUAUUGUGAGAGGUUUGGUGGAGAGGAAUUACCGAAAUUAUCCCUGUCAUCCACGUGAUUUUGAGGACAAUUUGGUAACUCGCUGCUUGUUUCUUUGA